AUGCCCAUCGAGGUGCUUGCAUCGCCGAUGGGGCGAUCAUUGGCUCUUCCCGCGCGACUAGCGCAGUGGAAUCGCGGUGAAGGCACCGUCGGGCUGUCAUCCAACAAAGCCACAACUCGGCGCCAACAUCGGAACUUUCCUCCUGAGAAGGGUUGUAUCCGAGCGGCGCUCAAGCUGGUGCCGUGCGGGGACGGCACUAAGGAUCACCUCCCUAAGGGAACACGCGUGCCAGGAUCGUUAGCAAAGACCCAGAUUCGUCUGCCAUCGCGUGCGGGGAACAGCGUCGUCGUCGGUCGAGAGAAGCCCGCCGAUGUGUCUUUAGGCAUCGGCACGGUCUCUGCGCAGCACGCAAAGUUCGAAGCUGGAGAGGACGGCGAGGUUUACGUCACCGACAUGGGAUCGUCGAACGGGACGGAUGUUGACGGGCGACCGGUGCCGCGAGGACAGAUGUUCAAGCUGAGCGUCGGCGACAUCGUCACGCUCGGAGACCCGCACCUGGCGAGGUACGAGGUUGUCGAGGCUGGAGGUGAUUCACUCGCGGACAGGCUCGCGGGCAUACAGGAAACCGCCGCGGAGGCUGAGAAGAACGCGAGGGCGGUCGGCGAGGCUCUCAACAAGGGAGCAAACACGGUCAGAAAUGCACAGGCGGCCAUCGCGGGCGUCGGGGAUGUGUUCAGGGGAUUCGGGGGCAAGCGUGACGAGCAGGUUGCAGAGGAGGUGCUCGCGACCAUCGACGUGGAUGACGACGACGAAGAUGAAGACGCCGGGCAGGACGACCCCGUCGAGGUCAUUCAACCCACAUACCUUUCGGAUGACAAUGACGUGGUAGAUGAAACCGAGGCACCGGCGGCCGUCGCUCCUGUUAGGAAGAAGAAGUUUGCGUCUGAGGAGAGAGUCGUUUUUACGCCUGUGGGAUGGUCUGGGCCUGCGGUUGAGCUCGAACCUGGUGUCCCAAUCAAGCUUGGGACCGGUCGUAAAAAGGGCGAUGCGGAUGUGAUUCUUACCGGCGUCCAGGGUGUCGAUAGCUCUCAUGCGGUCCUGCUCAGGGUAGGAGGUGCCGUGUACAUCGAAGACUUGGGAUCAUCAAUGGGAACGUUUGUGGGAGGUCGACAGGUCCGCCCAGGUCUCCAGUACGAACUCACGCCAGGCGCCGACGUCCAGCUCGGUGACGGUGGGUGUGCGUUCACGGUGACAUGUCCGGACGAUGACGAAGGGGGCCUUGACUUAGUCCCGCCUGCGAUCAUGGGAGGUGCAGGCGCCGCUAUGGUCAAGCGCGCAGGAGCCGAGAGCGCCGCGGUGGUGAGAAACGCCGACUUGUCAUUGUCAAAGGUGGACGACGGCUCCGAUCCUGCGGCGUCUCCGUGGGGGCUGAUGGGAGGACUGAAAGGCAUGGGCGAAAACCUGGGUGCCGCGAUAUUCAACUCCAAGAUCCAGGUAAACUACCAGUACAAGCCCGAGAUCAAAGUUGGCGGCGCAGGUGGAGGAGCCGCCGGGCUCUCUGACCUCAAGGCGGCACUCCUUUUGGCGCUCGCAGACACCGAACGAGGCCUCCGUGCGGACAAAGAGCGAGUCAAGAAAAUCGAGCAACUCGCCAGGGCUUUGGAGGCUAAGAAUCCGACGCGCUCGCCGCUGAAGUCACCGCUCAUGAACGGUCGUUGGGCGUUGCAGUACACCACCGCGCUGAACGUGUUGGGGAAGGGAAAGCCGGGUUUUUUGCGACCCAAAGGGGCAAUUUUCCAAACGGUGGACAUCUUCACGCUCCAGGUGAAGAACGAGGAGAGCUUCGAGCCCCUGCCGUUCAUCAAGUUCACGAACGCGAGCACGUCGGAUCUGAACGCUCAGACGGACUCGAGGGCGAGUGUCCGUCCCAAGGACUACCGCGUCGCCGGUUUCAAGGUUGACGCGCCGCCGUCGUCGCCCGGACGGGUGGCGCGAGACCUGGAGAUGGAGGCGACCGGCGCGGGGUCCCUGGCCUGGAUGGACACCACGUUCGUGGACGGGGAGGUGCGAAUCUCGAGAUCGCAGUCGGGAGAUCUUUUCAUCCUCGUCAGGGAUGAUCCAAAUGAUUGAUGAGACUUUGCGCCUUUCGCGUGAACCUGGCUACUGUUGUUACACGUUCGUCUAUGUCU